UAAGCAAACUAAAUUACCUUCUCAUUAAGUUAAGCCAACUGCUUACUAAGGGCAGAAGACGAUGGCCUCCGUCAGGUAUACUUUGACCCUUCUGUUCCUGGUAAUGACCGUUCAAGCCUACCGUUAUUCAAGAUUUUCAAAAAGAUGGAUGGUGAACUCUUCUGAACGAUUGAAUCCUUGGUCCAAAAGAAUGAUGGUGAACUCUUCUGAACGAUUGAAUCCUUGGUCCAAAAGAUGGAUGGUGAACUCUUCUGAACGAUUGAAUCCUUGGUCAAAAAGAAUGCUGGUGAACACUUCUGAACGAUUGAAUCCUUGGUCAAAAAGAAUGCUGGUGAACACUUCUGAACGAUUGAAUCCUUGGUCAAAAAGAAUGCUGGUGAACUCUUCUGAACGAUUGAAUCCUUGGUCAAAAAGAAUGAUGGCGAACUCUUCUGAACCAUUGAAUCCUUGGUCUGGUCAAGCUAGCGGUUUUGCAGGCAGCCUAAUCCUUCUCCGACUAUGGUGCCAGUACUUUAAGGACAGGGGAAUACAGAUAUCUUCAGGCUGCUUCACGGACUGAACCCUCCCCUAUAAGAUGUGAAGAUCAUAAACAUACAUGUAAUGGUUAUAUAAAGUGGAUGUUUCAUGUAUUGUUCUCUUAUUCCUGUCUACCCGUGAAGAUUCCGGGGUAGAAUAGAUCUUCAGCAACCCAUGCUUGUCGUAAAAGGCGACUAACGGGAUGGGGUGGUCAGGCUUGAUGCAUGUCAUUGAUCCCAAUUGCAUGGAUCGAU